GGAGCGUUCCGUGGCGGACGCGGCUCUAUUACCCUGAUGCGCUAUAUCGAGUCGCCAAUAGGGCCCUUUGACGAGCUCGCAAUAUCUCCCGGAGAGUUCACGAACCCCUUUGAGGGUCCUACCCACCGUGUCACGCGCGCCUACGUUUCCAGCCUCUCGGCUGUUGUGAAUGGUCGCUCAAACUGGGGUCUUCCACGUGAACUCGCGCAGUUCGUCUUCACGCCAUCCCUCGAUCACUCGGACGCAAUUGAAGUUCGGGUAUAUCCUGCUAUCUCGUUUUCGCCCGUCUCCUUCGCCGAAGACGCGUGCUUCGCAGCCCUCAUCAAGCCCGUCUCAUGGCUACCCACCAUCCCCGCCAGCCUCGCCCACUUCCCGCAGGUCAAGCUCUUCCAACCGCCCCUCGAAGCCUCCCAAGACCCGGCUUACGACGGCCUUGUCGCGGCACCAAAGUGGCAUGCCCUCGAUGCGAGCAGUUACAAGGGUCGUGCGGAGAUCUUCCGGUGCGAGGGCCUGCUUACGCAGAAAGAUACGGGCGUCGCGGAUGGCACCGGGUUCCCGGACGUCGAGCCUUACAGCAUAGGCCUUCACUGGACGGAGAUCGAGCUUACGCUACCUCAGGCAGUGCCCCUAGCUACGCUGUAA